AUGCCCAUGGCUUCCUGGAGCUUUAUUGCUAUUAAGGGAUGUCGAAAAAAUUGUAUUGUAAGAUUAGACGCAGAUGAUAAAAUUGAUAACAAUAUAAAAGAAAUAAGAAAAGCACUGAGCGAGUCGUUAAAAACCAAAUCUUAUACCGAUACGAUAAAAGACGAAUUUGAAUUAAUAGACGAAGCUUUAGUAACAAACGAAUUUAAUCUGAUUUGGAAUAAUAGAUUAAUAACAGGAGGAUAUAGAGCGUGGCGAAAGAAAAUUACAAACGCUAUUUGGAAGAACGAAAUUUUAAAUAGUGAUAAACUAGAUGAUUUAUUCGUAUAUAAUUACAAAAAAGAAUUUGAUUGGAUUACAACGUUGGAAUUUAUUAGUAAUAGAAUAAACUUUUCUUCAAGACAAUGCGGUGAUAAAGACACGAAAGAUCGUUCGUAUAGGAUCAAGAAUAUUUUGAAAGAACUACCUACAUACAAAACCUUAUAUAAAAGAAAUACCAAUAAAAUAGCUUCACCGAAAUGUAUAAGGUGCGGGAAAAAGGAAGAAGAAGAUUGGGAUCACGUCUGGAUUUGCGACGAUAACGAAUUCUCGAUCGACGAUAUAAUACAAGAAUCACCGUAUAAAUUUGAAUUAGAAUUAGUAGCUCAAAACAAAGAUAAAGAUAUAGAAAUAUUAAGAAAUUAUCUUUGCAAUUUUUUGACUAUACUUGAAAGUCCUUCAAUAAUUCUAAGAGGAAAGAGCAGAAAAUGGGAAUUGAUCAGAGGAGUUUUUAACAAUAAUUUUAACAACAUAUCAAAAAUCAAAGAAGAAAAGACGGUCAUAAAAGAGCUUUGGAAUUUCAUAUAUGACGAAAUAAAGAAAAGAAUUCGGAUUCCACGAUGUGAUGAGAUCAAAAGAUUAGAAGAAAAAGAGGAAAUAAAGAAAUCCGAUCUACGAUUAAAGAAGCAGGUAUCAGAAGAUAAUCAGAACGAAAUAUUAGAAACAGAAAAUAGUAAAAACAAAAAAACAAAAGAAAAUAUAGAAAAAACCAAGAAAAAUAAUAUAAAUAACCAAAUUAAAAUAGUAACUUUAGGAAAAUUAACAGGUGCAUUAACGGACGGUAUUAAUAUAGAUAGAAAAUGGGAUACGAUAGUCAAAUUACCAUUUUAUUAG